CCUCAGCAGUGUUUGCGUGUGGAUGGUGGACGGUUCCCGGUGAAAAAACACCGACCCCCGGCCUCACGAAAAUGCCUGUACGCCGCUCAUAAACGGGAGAAAGCCUUGGAGGAGAGACGGUCAGGUCGCCGGGCAGCUUUAGAGGAAAAUACCGGCAGGAUGUUGCAAGUUUUAGCUUGUGGCGCCGUAGUUUUCCCCGGUCUCUUCCUCGCCUUCAGGAGGAUCCUGCCGUGUGUGUUCAAACAGUGGAGCGAUGCAGACGUGGUGCUCGUCAGCGAGAGACUGGUGUCCUCCAUCCAUGCCAUCAUGGCAACCACAGCAGGAGUCAUCGUUGUGUCAUCAUGCCGGGGAAACGUCAUUAAUGAAAGGCACUGGCUGGCCACUUACUUCGUCAUCUGGUACGGCGUCCCCUACAUGACAUACGACAUCUUUGCCAUGUACCUCAGUCACUUCUACCGCUUCAGAGUCAAAGGGCACGAGGACUACAAGCAGCACUCACUGAGGACAGUGAACUCAUUCGUCCGCAGAGAGUUUCUGCUGGUGUUACAUCACAUCGCUCUGCUCACCAUCCUGCUGCCCGUCACUCUGUUCUUCAGAAAAGACCAGGGGGAUUUCUUCAUCGGCUGCUUGUUUCUAACAGAGCUCAGCACGCCCUUCGUCUCCCUGGGGAAAAUACUCAUUCAGCUCAGCCUCCAGGACUGCUGGCUGCACAAGGUCAACGGCGGCAUGGUGCUGCUCACCUUCUUCAUGUGCCGCAUCGCCCUCUUCCCCUACAUGUACUGGGUGUACGGCCAGCACUACGGCAUCCCGCUCUACAGCGUCCCCUUCCACCUUCCGCUCUCCACCAACCUGGGCAACUCGUGCAUCCUUGCGCCGCAGGUCUACUGGUUCGUCCUGCUGUGCCGAAAGGGCUACCGUCUUUACAGACGCAGUCGCAGUCAAGACUCGUCUCCUGUGGCCACCGUCACUGACAAUACAAAGGAGGAUUGAUAUCCGAUUCACGACUGCUCGCUCAAGCCGCACACUCAGCUACUAAUACAGCUACUUCUGCAGAAGGCACUCCUUUGACUAAACCCCACCAUCGUACUGUAGUACACCAGGACUGCCUGCUCUCAUCCCAUGACUCCUGGGCAUUUUCCGCACACUUUUACUCCUCUGUUACAAAUCUGCUGCUGAAGUGGACCUCUCCUUGGAUACUGUUCUACUACUGAAGUUUCAAGAUUUUUUUUUCUGGAUUUUGCUCUUUCCUGGAUAUUUUUGGAGUGCUACUGCAUCUGUCAACAUUUAUAACACUGAAGAAAAGUCAUAUUUGCUUCACCGAGUAUAAAAAUGUGGAGUAAAAAAGCUGCAGAAACCGAAGAAGAGCCUCCAUGGAGAGACUUGAUCUUAUCUCUUAUUCCUACUGUGUUUACAGCCUCUGCUGAUUCUGAAGGUCUGUUACAGCGUGAGUGUGUGAGCGGCUGAUAUGACAGGUUGUAUUUAUUUCUAUGGAUUUGCUGUGACGUGUGGGAUAGCUGCAUUUCCUUUCCGAUCCUUUCACUAAUCACACUGAAAAGAAGGUAUAGUGGUGGGAUUCUGAUUCAGGCAGUAUUAGUUGGAAAAAUGCUGAAGAAAAGUCGUCAUAUUUAAGAGCUUAAACCUGCAUUUACUCGCACCCUGUUAAUGUGAUAGGCUCUGGUUUUUACCUCUGUUUAUUUUGGUUGUAGUUCUCACCUCAGUUUGAAAAUCUGCAGAGACAAACCUCAUAUUUGUCACUAUAACUUCCCUCACACUUUCAUAGCCCUGAUGUAUUUGCUUUCAGAGGUUGAACCCUUAAACAGGGCGCUAACUCUGUGUGCAAGAGUUACUGCUGCACAUCAAUUUCAGCUUCAACAAAAUCACUUUUUAUGAAUUAAGUUUGGCUGUAUCUUUGAGCGGUAAUGACUCCAACAAAGGAUACACUGAUACCCUUUUUAUCAGACCAAGUACAAGUACUCAUAUUUGGGCAGGCACUGAUAAAGAAAAGUAAUAUGGACACUCAGUUAUACCAUAACAGUUCUUGGAAAUUAUGCUGAAAGUUUGUUUUAUUUUCCUUAAAUAUUCCUCCAUCCUCUUGAAAAUUUUAUGAGUAUGGCUUAAUUCCAAUACACCCCUACCGUUUAGUCCUACCCCUGUUUUUUUCAAGUUGUCAUCGAGGGGUAGGGAGUCCUAAUUCUUUUUGGGAUGGAGUGAUAGGGUGUAGUGCCAGGGGUACAGCCUCUAUUCUGAUAGGACAGCUGAAGAGAGAGACAUGGCCUUAAGGCAGGGGUGUCCAAACUAUGGCCCGGGGGCUAAAUGCGGCCCCCAGUCCAUUUUCUAAAGGCCCACUGCAAAUUCUAAGAAUAAAAUGAAAUAUUGCCCACAUUGGAACUUGAAGCGAGACUGUAUUGUACUUCUUAGUUUCAGCACAAGGUGGUGCUACCAUGCUAAAUCUGUAAACAAACAUUUUGACAAUAACAAUUUAUUUGUGUUUUUUUGUGAUUAAAUUGAGACAACACUGCAAAUGGUUAACAUAAUGGCAACCAAAAUAAUAACAAAAUUCUGAUUUAUAUUCCCUUAUUGAUUGCCAGUGGGAGCCAGGGCCCACAGAGCCUCCCGAAAAUCCUUAAAGUUAUCAACUUUUUUGCCUUGUCAGCUAUUGAUAAGCCAUUUCAGCAUGCCUUGACUUACAUUUGAUUGGUUUUGCUGACUACAGUACCCGGAAGAAGAGGAAGUGGCCCCAUCAUCCUUAUACAAUUCUGUAUGUAGCCCUUGGUGUAAAAGUUUGGACACCCCUUCCUCAAGGUCUUUGCACACACACAUGAUACGUUCAUGUUUUACUUCAUUGUGAAAAUUUGCACAAGCUUUACACAAGCUGGUGCAUCAUAGUACAGGUAGAGCAAUCAUGUUCAGAGGUUGAUAUCCAUUUAGUACAAUAUAUAAUAAGGAUUAUAUAAUGGUCCUUUUGAUUAUCAAUAAGCAUUUUUUAAAAACCCUCAUACUAGCAAUGUCCUGAAUCGUUGUUGUGUGUGUUUACAGAAAUGCUGUCAGCAAUUGCUGAACUUGAAGCGUCAUCCAGUUUCUUCAGAGAUUUCUCCACCUUUCCUCGUAACUCUACUUUAAGAAGCAGGGUUAGAAUGGGACUGAGCCAAAGAGUACUUGGUUUUGGUCUGGGUACCGGUGCAUCCCUGUGGAUUAUCUUUACUGUUAGAUCCAUCCCUCUUUUGCGUUUAUUUUUUCCGAAAAGCAUGACAUCAAAAAAGUCCAUGCUAGAUUGUUUUUUUUUUUUUAGGUUCAAAUUGAAAGUUCAGAAAAGAAAGCAAUGCCAAAAAUACAGACCAGACUCCUUUUAUUGUCUUAAAUAUGAAAAUACAAAGCCAUAGUAGGAUAACAAACGGCACGUUUGGAUUUAUGUACACCGAAGUGCAAAGAUUGGUGAAAAUCAGCUUUUUAAAUUUCCUGCUCCUUAUUUUAUUUGCAUAUCUGAAGGUUUUUACCCAACUUUACAGAGUAGACUUGAAGCAAGGUUUCUACUACUGCUACUGAAAGUUUCAUCUUUUACAUCCACAGUCUGCUUUAGGAGACACUGGAGCGUCGCAGCUGUGAUGCUAACAGCUUUAGCCAACGCAGGGCAGCUCAGGACAACAGUCUUUAAGGGUCUGUUCUGGUGAAAUGAGGUUUUUGGAGAGCUGUUUUCACCUGUGAUGGGUUAAGCUAGUCAGACUAUAGAGAGGUUGAUGUGGACAUGUGGGAUUAAUGCCUAAUUUGAGACAAACUCAGGGCUAAGGUCAGAGCAAUAAGGACUUAAACCGAGGAGUCACAUUUCUGAGCCUCAAAAUAUCAUUUUGAUCAGGAGUGGUUAUUCCUGAAACAGAUCUCUAUCAAGCUGUCACUGUCUUAGUUCCCGGGAGGCUGCAGAGAUUUCUACGCACUUGUUGAGUGUCAGCUGUUGCAUCGAGCUAUUCACACAGGGCUGUAUAUAUACUUCAUGUUUUUACAUCAUGUUUUAGUUUGAUCACAGGAAAAUAGUUGAAAACCUAUAUCUAAACAUCAUAUUUAGCUAAGAGGACCAUUUUUUAAUCUUUUUGUUGGAUUCACAGUUGCAUAAAGACAUUUAUCUUAAAUCCUGUAUGAUAGAUGCUUCACUUUCUGAGAGUUUUAUUUCUUCAUAUCAAAGAAUGAAUAGGAAAUAUUAUCGCCACAGGGUCAGCUACACACCCCUGAGGUUAAUUUAUCUCUAUGAUAUUAAUAUUCCCAGUCUUUUAAGCUUUAGAGUCAACUUAUUGUGCAUAAAUGGCCUUUCAGUGUCCUGCAAAUUUAAUCUAUGCAAAAAAACAGGUUGUGGUGCAUGCAAACAACACUUAUGUCAAGUCAUAUCACCUCAGUACGCUCUGUCCUGUUCAAUAUUAGGGACCAUUCAUUUCCUUUGACUAUACUACUCUACUGGGACUCCACAGAUUCAUCUUCAUAUCUUCCUCUUGACACUUGUCUUUCAAAAAUACCUCACCAAAUUUUCCACUGCUUCAAAUCAGCUAAAAACAAAGCAUAUCCGUACUUUUUCACAACUUUUAUAGCAAUCAAAGAGGAGUUUACAGCUGCUGCUUGGUCAUUUUCUUUCAGAUACUGUUUUGAUAAAACUGACUUUUUUUUCAGCGAAUCAAGAGUUGUUUGAAUCAAUUGGAUGGUAGCCUGCUUAGAUCAAACCCAGCUCCAGUGCAGUUCUGACAGUGGCCAUGAACUUUUGUCUUCAGUAAUGCAGAAAAAGCCUUACCUUUUCAAUAGAGUUUGCACCCUUGCAUACUAAUCCAAAAUGUUCAAACCGAAAUCUCCCUGUCAUUGUGAAGGCCAGCUUUGUCUAAACGUUUCCUGGAGGAAGUUUGCGGGACAGCAGCCACUGUGAAUCAAGAAACAAGUCUGGGAUCAAUGCGUGGGUUUACAUGGACUUAAGUAUUCUGGUUAUGGGCCAUAUCCUGGUUUUGAUGAUAUUUGGGAUCCUGUGUUUACAUACACAGAGAAACCUGGUUAAUCAUAUCCCUGUAUACAUUAGAAAUACAAGUAUCCUGGUUUCUGUUUCCCGCAUUGUUUGCACAGGCUUCUGUGAUGUUUAGGCAGCUUUUAGGUUGCGUGUCCAGAGCCGGCUUCAAUUCUAGUGAGGUUCUUGUCUGGGCUUAUUGUUGCCACGUUACAAAAAAAUUAAUCCCCCUUUACUCAGUGGAAGCUGUUACCUUGUUUUAAAAUAUUUCUAUGGGCUUGAUUAUUUCCACAUUUUCAAGACAAUGCACACAGAAGACAUGCACACAAUGUAAGGGAAUCCUGUCCUGACACAGGCAGCAGCUGCAGAACUGAAAACUACCCUAGAAGAAAGACGAGUCAGAUCGGUUUCUCUUCGACUGUUGUCAGAAGUCCCGCCCCUUAUUGAUCUUGGCAAGUGACAUUGAUGAGUGCAGCACUGUUCCAAGAUAUGAACUGUUUUCACCAGAGAGCGCUUUAAGCAUGGAGUCAAAAACAGCUGACGUUGGGCAGAAAAGCCCAGGGCGCUGAUCGCUCAGAACGUUGGACUACUACGAUUAGUUUUGAAUCAAAACAAAUGCUAAAAAAGGCUGGCUAUGGACACAGGCCCUCACAACAGAAACUGAGGCAUUCUUUUUAAAUCAGAGAAAGAUGAGACCAUUGUGAAUUACUUUGGGUGUAACAUUUUUAAAUGCCAGUAUCAUGUUGAAGAUAUUGUAUUCACCUCAUUCCAACAAUGCUUCGAUUCUUGUGAAUAUGCGGCAAUUAGAAUUAUUAUUAAUUACUAAGAAAGUUAAAAGACUUUGACUUAAGCAAUACUACAAGUGAAUUCAUUCACUAAAUAACUGUCCUGGACACAAGCUCAAACUUUUACUUUGAAAAGUACACUUGAAGAGGCAUCUUUUCUACAUUUCAGAUUUGGGACAUUUUGAUAGACUUAGCAGGAUUAAUGCCAAUCUUGCCAAGACCAACUCUUUCUCUGCCUCACAUCCAACAUAUUUCAAAUUAUCUGAAGUUAAAUAAACAGUUUCAUCAAAGUCGUGCCUAUGUAGGUAGUCUGCAGCUGUCAGGAAACAGGAUAUAAUGUAUGCAUGGCACAGUAUCCUUCUUUCUGGAAUUCUCCAGGUAGCAAAACUGCUUUUCGAAAGGUGUACAUGCACAAACAGAAACCAUAAUACUCAGAAUACCUGACAGAAACCAUGAUCUUAAAGAUAUUACAGGGAAACAUACAGCCUGCAUUGCUUGCAAUUAGUAAAACUAUCUGCGCCGGCAGCUGAAAAUUUAACUUAUGGGGUGUCUUGAAUCAGAUUUAGUAAAUCAUAAAGAUAUUGACAUCUUAUUUCAAUUCAGCAUUGCUUUACUGGCAGAUAUUUUACUUGUUAAUAGCAAAUCAGACCCUCUUUUUCUAUUGUAAUAUCUUCAAUGAAUAUGUCUGUUUGGACUUGUUUGCUAAAUGUGGAUCAUAGUAAAUCUAAUGGGAUAUUUCUGAUUAUAAAUUAGAUAAAUGUACUCGCAAGGAUCUGAGUUACAGCAGAAAAUGAACAUCAUGAAGGUUUUGCUGAAUAAGUCAAUUUAUUGUGUGAUUUUGUUUUUCUUCUAAAGCCGAAAAGUUUUCCUGAGAUAAAUCAAAUUUCAAGCUUCAGAUCUGCUUUAAAGCCCAGGGCGCUGCUGUUGCAUUGUGGGAUGUGUAGUGUGACUGUAAUUGCUGGCAUGUAAAAGCUUCUUGCUGGUGGGCAGACAGGCUGUUUGCUGACGAGCAGCGUGAGGAUGAGGUGGUCAGGAGGGCCGAGCAGCUGAAUGAUGGGAUUGUUUGUCUGGGUUGGAUGAAGUCCAGGAGAGUGCAGGCCUCUUUCUGUCCAGUGCUGACCGGGCUGCUCUUUCUGGAAACAUCCCAGGCUUUUUGUCCUGCUUCAGUCCAACUCCUAAACCCUUUUUCUGGCCUUUUACAUCCACUUGUAUUCUAACAUGAUGAAAAAGUGGUCAAAACUAAACAGCCUCCAAGAUUGAACGCCAAAUUGCAUGCAUGUCCUUUAUUUUUGUUCUUUAAUUUAAGCUUGUCUAAAAUCUGUACUUUUCACUGCUGUUUGGAGCAAUGAUCUCACCAAAAGUCAGCCAUUUUUAUUCUUUAUAUUAAACAUUCAAAGCUGCAGGUCAUUCCCAUGGUCGGCUGCUUUUUAUUACCAGUGUUUCCCCCCCGGCCAGGCUCCAUCCUCCCAUCAUUUCUGCUAGUGUCUUUCUUGGCUGAUGCUCUGUGCAGUGAUGAAAAGUUGCUGAGAGCAGAGUGAACCCUCCCUCCCUCCUCUCUGCUGCCAUCUGUCGUCAGGAUUAUCUGCCUGUCCACUCAGCAGUUUACAUACAGAGCCAGCUGGGAUUAGCAGUGCCAGGAGGGCAUUUCCUAUUAAGACCGUGCAUGCCUCCUUUAUAGACUGCUACCUUCAGAUACAUAUAUUUACAGUUUCAGCCACUUUAACCUCAAUCCUCCACUGAAAAACCUCAUCAGUCAGACUGGUGAAAGGAUUUUGAUUGGACUUAACUGAAUCAUUUCAGAUUAAUGUUUAGUUUUCUGGAUUAUUUGGAUAUGGUAAUAGAAAAUUCUUAAAUCUGUUCAUCCGACUACCAUUUCUUUCUUAUCUAGAGUUAAAAAAAAGACUUCAAAUUAUUUUGGAAUAAACUUUUUGAAGUGUAGAAGCAGUUGUGUAACAAGCAAAGGUCAAGCCUGUUGUCAUUAGAGGGAGAUGUUAACAUAUUCUUUCCCUUUGCUAGAAUUGUUUUUUACAUUUAAAGGGUUGUCAUAACACCAGAAUUUUAAACUGAUAUGAUGCUGGUAAAAAUCAAAUGAUAUUCAGAUAUAUUUGGAUGCAACAGAAAUAGAAGCUAAAGUCCCCUAAUUUUGGUUGUUUUCUAUGUUUUUUUGAUUAAUUUGCAAGGAAACUCGUUCACACUACUAAUGUUUUUGUGCAAUUGACCCCAUAAUUUGUUCUUGCUUCAGUACUCUAGAUAAGGGGGGUCAAACUCAAUCCCAGCAGAGGCCGGAUCCUGAAUUAAGGUCUAACCUGAGUGCCUAACAGGGUCAACAUUUAACACCUCAAUUCCACCAGGCUCACAAGCUGAGAUAAAAGUCAAACUUAUUAGUUCAAAAGGUCAAACCAUGAAAUUUAGAGAGAGAAUAUUGACUGAAAACAUAAAUUCAUUUAUUUUCCCACAUUUCUGACUUUUUAUCUAAUUACUUUCUUACUCUUUUUCAUUUUUCAUGACUUUACAAGGAUAUUUUAAAUCAUCAUGGUUACAUUUUUAUACUGGAGGAAGUCUGCAGAUCUUGUGGGCCAGGUAUUACUGCAUCACAGGCCAGAUUUGGCCCCCGGGCCUUGAGUUUGACACCCCUGCUCUAGAUCAUAAACACAGCAGACAUGGUAGUGUUUUUAACACGUGGUAUUGGAGAGUAUCAACGUGUCAGAAAAUCUGGCAACCUUAUAUUUUAAGAAAACCAUUUUUAACUCUUUGUUACUAAGACCUGAUUCAGACAGAUCCAUCUGAAGGUUAAACAGACUGUCAAACUUCUGUAGAUGUUUUAGCUUGAUUGCUUUGGACCAUUUAGAUUUUAACAGGCUUAAAGCAUUACAUUCCACCUUUUUCUUUGGUUUAAUCAUCAACAGUUAUCUGUCUUGUGCUUUUCAUUGUAGUGGUUUUUAUUCAUGCAGUUUAGAUCCGUCUCUGGUCAAUAAAGACAGAAAAAUUCUAUGACUUUAAGAACGUGUGACCAACAUUGAAAUAUAAUUAGCGAUGCGUGAUAUUGAAUUUUAGCCAAUAUCCAAUAUGCUGAUAAUUUUAAAUUAAUUCAAGCCAACGCUGAUAUCAAUACCCAUGUAUAAAUGUUAUUCAGACCUAAACCUUCAGUCCUUAGAACACAUUUUAAAGUUAAAGGAUAAACAGAACAAGACUCUAUAAGUCUGUUAUUCCUGCUUAAAUCUUUACAAACUUAUUCCUACAUAUGGCCAGUAUUUACAGCUGAUACAAGAGAUUGACUGAUCACUGAUAUUUGGAAUCGAUAUGUAUUUAGAAUGACUGACAAAAUGAACCUAAUGGGAAAAGAGUAAAAUUGCAUGAUCAAGAUAAUGAAAUAUGCCAUAUGUGCUGUAGGUCGACUAUACCCUGGCUUCAGUUUUGACUGGCUGGUGACAUCUAGCCAAUCAGAUUGGACAUAAAACCUUAAAAGUCAAAACAGAGCCAUAGGCAAAAACACCUUGUAAAGUCAAAGGAGCACAAGUUUUUCAUUUGAUCAAUUAUCUGUGAAACAAAAUGCUGAUACAGCUAAUUGGCCAAAUGCCAGAUAUAAGUCUAAGUUGUUGGUUUUCAGUUUUUUCCCCAAGGUACACCUAAGAGUAAGCCAUAAUCUCAAGGUACACCAUAUCCAUACAACAUAGCCUCUUUAAAGCACUAACUUCAUCAGUGUAUAGUUGUGGUAAUAACAUAUGAUUGUAUAAAUCCUUGUGUUCCUUGCCACACUAUUUGAGAGACACUGGUCUAAGUAAUCAGCCAGGCCAUGAUCAGUCGACCCCAGUAUCAUCAGAAAGUUUUGUAUCUGCUGGCACUGAUAUUGUGCAUUUUUAAAUAUGAUUUCUACACCUUCUUGAUUACCCCCAUAUAGCCUGAAGACACAACACAUCUCUGCAAGGACCAGGGUGAUGUCAAGAAUUACCAUCAAGGGCUUUUUAUGCAUUAGCCGUUGCAAAGCCAGUACAAAAACUGGAGUGAUACUAGCUGGUCUAUAGCAGCGCCAAAUACUACAAAAGAUGUCAUAGUCAAAAAGUCUGUGUUGGUUGUUUUACAGGUUGCAUUAUGUUUAGAAUAUUGGAGAUGAGUUGCUUUUAUGGUUUACAUGUUGGCUCCUUUGGUAGCUGUUUAGGUCGAUUUUAAAGGCUAUCUUUGGAGCUGUUUCAACGGUUUCUGAGCUACUGAUGGUGAUGCAUUGGCUUAGGUGGUUAACUAGUCACUGUAAAUUGAGUCUCUAGGGGUCCUUUUUGUGCUUGGAUUGUCCAAAGAGCUAAACUGGUUUCUCUAAAUGGCAUUUAAGGAACUGAUCAUUUAAGUUUACGUUAACUGGUCAUGUUUUGGUACUUUUUGAGCCUUUCCUACUAUUGCUGUUGCAGUGCAAACACAAGAAAAGGGGUAGUGUCUAUCAACUGUUCUUAGAAAUACAAGAGAAGUUCUCUCUGAAAGUGUUUGGUUUGACAUGAAGUCAGCUCAGCGCUUCGUCACACUGACUUGACUGCAGUUUUUAGUUGUCAUUUGGUUCAGAGUCAUGGAAAGAUAUUCAUGUUGCACAGGAAACAUCCAUAACCUGAGGAUCUCAGUAAAACAGCAUAAAGGUUCAAAGCAUGCAGAGCGCACAUUUCUCAACGUUUAGUCUUAGCCUCUUGUUAGUUUCUUAAAGUAGAAAGUCUUAAAGCUCAUCCUCUUUGCUCAGGGUUUGAUGACGUUUGAUGAAUUGUACGGUGAAACUGUGAGGCUGGUUCUGAAGAUGAUAACAUCUAGUUUGGUAUGCUGAUUCUUUUACUAUAUGAUGUUUUUGAAGCAUUUUAUGUCACUUUUUAGGGUUGGUAAACCAAAGACUGUCCAGCACUUCAGUUAGUCUUAUGAAGUGCAGUGAUAUGAAGAGAGAUCUGUUUGAUUUUAAAUACUUUAUGAGAUGCUUUAGAUGCUGUUAUUCACUUCUCAUAAAUAAAAAACAUCCGGUAGAGGUCUUAUCCUUUUUUAUGUCCUAGAGAGUGAUGGAUUUACUGAGUUUGUGAUGGUUAAAAAUAAUAAUACAUAUUUAAUUGAAGUUUAUUUUACUCACCGCUAACACGCACACUAAAUGCAGCAUACAGUUUGGUCUACUGUACAGGAAUGAGAAAUUUUACACAUUAUGCAUGAUGGAAACAUGAUGGUAAAGAUGAACUACUUAUCCUGAACUAGUUUGUGAAGGUAGAAUCGACUUGGGAUGUAAAGAUACGUCACAGUAAAAAAGAUAUGACCAAUUUGAAAUAGUCUGAGAAAUAUAUAUAUCGGAUGUAAUUGAUUUAACCAGCAGAGGGCGCCAUUUGGCAGUUUUAUUGUCAGAUAAUUGUAAUAAAAGAGUAAUUCAUUUAAAUGGACUUUAUUCUCUUUCUUUAUAUUAGUUAGAAAGCUGAUCUUGUGAUAGGCUCAGUAUCAUGAUACUUGUCAUUUCCUAAGUGGAGUGUAUCUUUACAUCCCUAAAUUUAACAGCAACUUUUGUUAAAUGGGAACAUGGACACCAUAAUAAGCAUGUAACCAGUCUAGCCUCAGGAGCCGCCAGUUUCUUCAAUAACAAAUCGCAACCUGAAAUUUUGAAGUUCAAAACUGUAGAUUUAUUCGUUGAAUAAUGUUGCAAUUUGGAUCUUGGAUGGAAUGAAAUAUGAGAUAAGAGAAAAAACAUGUUUUAUGCUCCAUUUUCCAGUGAUUGCAGAGAUUUUUUUUUGCCAAUUUCCAGAGAUCUGAAGAAAUUACCUUUUUAUCAUGGAAGAAGCAGCUUUGUUAUUGUAUAAGUGAGUUAAAAUAUUAAUGAUAAAACAGUAAAAAUAAAAUACAGUGUAAAAUGAAAUGUAUGGAUGCACUGACUUCAGUUCAUAGAUCUUUUUGCCAACAUUUUUCCAGACACUUGCAACCCACUAAAAACAGCUCUGCAACCCACUUUUGGGUCCUGGCCCACCUGUUGAUAAUCCCAGUUUUGAGACAUUGUGUAAGACAGUAGGAAAAAAAGGACAUUGAUGCCCAUUUUAAUAUCAUGUCAACAAAAUAUAGCAGUCCUAGACACCCCGUAUUGGGUAAAAUCAAGUUUUUAAUCAAGGGUUAUUGUAGGUUAACUCUUACAUCUUUUUUUAAAUUGCACAAAUGCAUUGCUAAAAAACAAAUACCAGGAGUGUUGCUUGCUCUUUUUGAUGGACUCAUUCCUCUCUGUGCUAAUUCUUAUAAAUUGGAUGCUUUUUUUUGUCGCUGUAUUGACACUUUUUGCUUGUGUUAAUCAUUACAAUAACAUCAUAAAACAUAUUGAACAGUAUCAAAAAUUCUGAAAACUUUAAUGCUUAUUUUACAUUGAUAUCAAUUGUAAGCCAAUACCUCCAUAGAAACAACAGUGGCAUGUGUUGGUGUCCAUGUUCCCAUCAUUUAAAGAAAGAGCUUACAGAUGUUUACAAUUGCUCCUAAAAUCCAAAAAGAUAAAAAGAUAAACCAAUAUGCUAACUGAUAAAUGCACAUUAACUGUACAGUGUUUCCCACAGAAUGAUGCCAUACUUGGGUGGCAGAGGGGUUUAUUCAACUCCACCUCAUCUCAGUGGUGUAUGUCUUCUUUAUUUCUGCUCAUUUGACUGCAUUCAUCAGCAGUACAUUAAAGACGCUCAAAUAACAUGACGGCUUUCAAAUGUUUGACUCUCAUAAUAAUUAUAGGUGAGCUGCAUGUGUAUUUACUGGAGGGACGUACUCAGACGGAAAUAUGUUGGACAGAUAUACUUGGGUGACCUUAAAUAUACCUGGGUGGCCCACCCUAGUAUGGUCUAUUUAUGGGAAACACUGGGAGGUCAAACUUGAGUGUACUGAUGUGACUGGGAUAACAUAUAUUAUUUUUGCUGCUUCACUCAGAAAACUCAGGGUCAGCAGCAUUUCAUCCAGACAUCCUACAACUCAAAAAGAGAAAAAUGUUCGACUGAUUGAAAGUUUGCUUCUUCAGAUAUGAUGUAACAGGCUGGUGAACGUACUCAAAUGAGUUGAAGUGAUUUUGGAUUGGAAAAAACAAAACUGUGCGUUGCUGGGGCUGAUUUUGAUCUGUGGACAGUGAACCAAACUUGGUCUCCAGUGCCUUGUGAAAAAUCUCUUUGAUACCCACAAAACUCAGUUUGUGAAAGAGUUAAAGAAGGCAGGCAGUGUUUACAGGUUGUGGCUGUAUUAUCGUCUUUAUUAUCAUCAUUUUCCUCAUAUUCCUAAAGAAGAAUUAACUGUUUCAGUCAUUUUGCAAAUUUGCAGUUUUUCAUAUUUUGUAGCAUUCAAUCUUCAUUUUCAAAUGAUCAAACGACUCCAAUGGUGUAAUUGUCUUUAUUGAGUUAUUUAAAUUGAGUUCUAAAGAAUAGAUUUACUGUCUUCCUUGCUGUUUCUGCAUACGUUGAAGAUUUGGCUCUUUGUUUCACUCGCUCUUCUGCCUCGGCCGUGUAACCGACUUCCAUGCAGCACCGUUCACAACCUUUAACACUUCCUGCCCCACAUUAUUUUUGAUAGCGUUCUAAUUUUUCAUACAUAUUUAUCCAAUUUGAUGCAUCUGUCCUUUUUUGUAGCGUGACCUUUUUCUGAGGAAAUUUCCUAUCUGAAAAGAGAAGUGACUGUUUUAUGAAAUAGCUUACAUGUGGACAAAAGAGGAGUUAUGUACUGUAGCUGCAACUUGUGAAUUCAGAGCACCCCUUUAAAAUUCAAUAAAUUUGAUUUGAUAGAC